AUGUUGUCAUUAUUCUUCUUGAUUCUGUACAUUCCUGCUGUUAUGUCCUCAUCGUCACAGAUGGCAGGGAUCUUACCCCAGGACCCAGCCCUGCCCAUCGGCUCCACCCUCACUGCCACAUGUUCAGUCAGCCCUGAUCUGGGCCUCCACGCCAGCUCUCUGUUCUGGAGCCUGAAUGGCCGCCGGCUGCCCAGCUCUUCUUACAGCGUGUUGAGCCCUACGGCCCUCAGUGUCACCCUGCCGGGCCUGCCAGCCUCUAGGCAGAGGUCAGGGGACAACCUGGUGUGUCACAACCAUGGAGGACAUGUUCUGGCCGGGUCCUGUCUCUACAUUGGGAUGCCUCCAGUGAAGCCAGUCAACUUGACCUGCUGGUCCAGAAACACCAAAGACCUGACCUGUCGAUGGGCACCGGGAGGACAGGGAGAGACCUUCAUCAAGACCAAAUACACACUCAAAUACAAACUCAGGUGGUAUGGCAGAGAGAGAGAAUGUGAGGAGUUGAAUGCCGCCCAGCCGUACUCUUGCUACAUACCUCGUGACCUCGCCCUCUUCACGCCCUACGAGAUCUGGGUGGAAGCCACCAAUCAGCUCGGCUCAGCCACCUCUGAUGUCAUCACCCUGGAUAUCCUAGACGUUGUAACAACGGACCCGCCGUCAGGUGUGAGUGUGAGUCGUGUGGGUGACCUGGAGGACCAUCUGAGUAUUCGAUGGGAGUCUCCCCCAGCUCUCAAAGACUUCCUGUUCCAGGCCAAGUACCAGAUACGCUACCGGCUGGAGGACAUCUCAGACUGGAAGGUCAUGGAUGACGUUGGGAACCAGACAUCAUGUCGUCUGGCAGGCCUGAGACCGGGUACUGUGUAUUUUGUCCAGGUGCGCUGUAACCCAGUAGGGAUCUAUGGGUCUCGUAGGGCUGGUAUCUGGAGUGAAUGGAGCCAUCCUACUGCUGCUUCUACACCUCAUAGUGAGCGUGUGUUAUCAGGUUCGUGUGACUCCAAGUCUGGAGACUCCAAUUCUACGUUACGUCGAGAGCUGAAGCAGUUCUUCGGCUGGGUACGGAAUCAUGCGUAUGGCUGCGGCGGCAUGUCAAUCAAACUCUACGACCAAUGGAGAGUCUGGAUGCAGAAGUCCCACAAAACACGCAACCAGGUCCUACAAGGGGAUAAGUCAUAAUACGCAUCACCCCUGCCUUUAAACAACCAGCAACAAAGUCAAGACAACAUGUGUGUGAAAAAUGGUGUCCCCUAAAUGCUGUGGUUUUGCAUACACCAUUCAGCGACGGAAGAAGGGGGCAGAAAUACAAUUUUGGGGACAGUGUCUCUACAACAGCUGCCCUAGAUAGCCUAUGCUGUAAUUAUUUAACAAGACAUGGAGGAAUAAGACAUGGAGGAAUAGUGAUCUUCUUCCUACUGUGGGAAUACUGGCAGCUCUGAAAAGCUAGAGAUCCACAGCACCCUCUAGUGGAAGCUAACAUACUGGGAGGAACAGUAGAGAUGGAGGACCAUAGUAAUGUUUCUAGUCACAUCCCAGUCUUAAACCAUGACGACCCAAUCGGAACUGUCUGUGACCCACUAUUUGGGAACCCUGGUCUGCAGGGGGGGGCACCGUUACAAGACUAUAGACUGACAUUGUUGUCUGUAACAGUGUGGAGAUCUGUCUUAAUAAUAAGUAGGGUCAGGAGUUUUUCCUGAUCAUAUGGCUCUGCCCAGGAAAACCUCCUGACCA